UAGCGCGGCUGCGCCUGCGGCUCCUCCGCCUCGGCCCCGAACCAGCUCCAGUCCUCCGCCGACCGCCGCUUCGCCAAUGGCCACCCCACCGCCGCCUCCGCAAACCGGCCCAAAAGGAAGGUGAACGCGUGCUUCCUCCAAAGCCUAAUGGGCCCAUGCUGACGGUGGCUUUGCCGUGUAGUGCCCUUCCAAGCCCACGGCCUCCCGGAACAGCGCGAGCCCAUUUUGUGGGGACCCAUACGAUACGAUACGAUAGCAGCCCAGCUAAACCCCAAAUACCCCGAACCCCGUCGUGCGGAACAGAACGGCGGAAGUUGCCGGCACUGCGGCACCCACGCCGCCCGUCGGUCAUGCCGCCGCCGCAGCCACAGCAUGCCUCUCAUCUUCCUUCCCUUUACCUCGCCGCCAUCCUAGCCCACUGCCCCGCCACUACCGCCGGCCACGCCUACGCCUCUAGUUGCGACGCCUACCAUUGGCAAUGGUGCCCACCCCCGGCCGGGACGUAAGGUCGGAAACCUUCCGAAAUCUUUGGGACAUCUGCCCUGGGCCCCCAAUGCUGAUGCCGUCGCCCUUCCCGACCGCGUUAAGCUACUAUCUCUUGGGAGUUUGGAGCUCCGCCUGACGUUGGAUUCACAUCAACCCAUGUGUUGACGUCAAUUGGAGUGAGACAUAAACUAAAUUCCACCCCAAUCCACCUCAACACAUGUGGAUUGAGGUGAAUGCGGCGACAUCCAAACAAGACCUAAGCGAGCUGGAUUGUUCCCCUUUUUCCAUGUGAAUUUGACAACUGACCAGAACAGCGACUGAGUUGGAGGGACAGAAAAGUCUGAGCAUCCGUGCCAUUUUCUACUCCUUGGAGUUGAACUGUCCGAGGGUUCAUUCUUAGCUACCAUUGUGCUAUCUCCUUGUUGUGUUCUCCACAACCAUAUACCAACUUGCUAAGGAAGGCCUAGUGGCCAUGGCUUACCUCCCCAUUUUCAUCUUCCUGUUCAUGGUUGUCUUGUGCCAAUCCGAUGACAGGCUAACACCUGCAAAGCCACUCUUGCCCAGCGAGGUGCUCAUCUCAGACGGUGGUGUCUUUGCUCUUGGCUUCUUCUCCCUGAAGAACUCUUCAAGCUCUUAUGUCGGAAUAUGGUACAACAACAUCCCUGGGCGCACAUACGUGUGGAUUGCCAACCGCGACAACCCAAUUACCACCAAUUUGCCUGGGAAGCUAGUUUUUACCAACAGUUCUGACCUUGUCUUGUUAGACUCCACAGGCCGCACGAUCUGGAUGACGACAAACAACAGCACCACAGGAGGCGGUGAAACUGCUUCCAUCCUGCUCGACUCGGGGAACUUGGUUAUCCGGUCGCCAAAUGGCACUGACAUAUGGCAGAGCUUCAAUUACCCGACUGACACAGUUGUCCCCAAUGUAAAUUUUUCACUGAGCGUAGCUUAUGGUGCUACACGCCUUGUUGCCUGGAAGGGGCCUGAUGACCCAUCCAGCAGUGAUUUCUCCUUGGGUGGCGACCCUAGCUCAGAUCUCCAGAUUGUCGCUUGGAAUGGGACACAGCCGUACUGGAGAAGAGCCGCAUGGGGUGGUGAAUUGGUACAUGGCAUAUUCCAAAACAACACAAGUUUCACGAUGUACCAAACAAUUGUCAAUACAGGAAACGGGUACUAUCUGCAACUGACUGUGCCUGAUGGCUCACCUAGCAUACGCUUAACUUUGGAUUUCUAA